CAAACAAUACAACAAACAACAUCAGAAAACGGUUGUGUUGCGUUAAAAACAAUUUAUUUAUACUUGAAAUUAAUUAAUCUGAGAUUAAAACAAUUCAACGUAAUAAAAUCCGUUUUUUGAGUGAGCGCUAAAGGAUGGCAUCAGUUUUAAACUCUAGACUACGCCAUCAAAACUGCUGUGAUGAGUGAGACCGACGAUACCGAUAUUCUUUUGCUUAUCCCGCCGAAUUUCUUCCUUGUGCCAAGUUCAGGCUCCGAAGGAUCACUCCUAGAUUCCUCUAGAACCGUCGUGCACAAGCCGUCUUGCACUGCUCAAGUAUUGGGGAAACUCGUGGACCAAGUGCACUCUCUUGAAAAUAGGUUAGAAAGUUUAGAGUUAAGUACUAACGAGAGUAUUUCUAGUUUUGGACGAAGGCGUAAAAGUUGUGAGACAGAGAGUUUUGACAGCCGGAGUCUCGACCGUAAGUGCUUUACGUUCCCACGCAGACGGCGACGAAAGGUAUUAAAUAGAAGGGACAGAAAACGAGACUGGUCCCUUACAAGUUUAGACUCAAUCAGCACGACACAUAUACCACCGUUAAAGUUCAAAGAUAUUCCUGAUAAGUCUUCAGCAAAUGAUACAAUAAGUAUGGACGGAGACAUUAGCAGUAUUGUAUCCACACCUAGCAAGAAAAAUGAUAAAUUACUAUUACAUGAAAUUGAUGAAUUUUUGACUAAAGUUGAGUCAUAUGAAAUACCUGAAUCUAAAAUAAAAAAUGAAACAUCUCUUAGCCCAGAGAAUGUUAUCAAAGCUACAGGUGAUUACAUGACAAGAAAGAUGGACCAGAAAAUGGGUGUUGAUGAUAUCAAGCUGCCGAGUGGUAGAAUUGUAUCCAGUAACAUAUUAGAUAAAUAUAUAUACCUGGUUAAGAAUAACACUGAAACAACUGACAAGCCAACCUCAAGCAAUGUUAGAUCACAGUAUGUUGCAGAGCCAAAUGAAAAAUUGGCAUUAGAAAGCCAGAAGUGCAGACCCUUGACAAAUGAAACAAGAUCUCCUUCCAGCAGAAAAUUAAAUUUCAUGGACCCUAAAGAGAUCCAAGUUACAUCAACUCCGAAGAAACCUCAACCUUACUCAGACACAUUCCGUCCUUCUAGUAAUAAAAUCUAUGAUAGAGCCUCAAAGGUGUUGGAGCAAUACAAGUCCAAAAACUUUGGAAGUCAUUCUCAAAAUUCUAUGGCCGAUACAAGUCACUCCAUGUCUCCUAAAAAAGAUGAGUUCAAAAUGCCACAAAUGAGACCUUUUCCAGAGGCUAAAGAUGGUUUGAAAUUGAGUGAGUUUCGCAACAAGUAUAUUGACACUAUAGACACAGAUUUGUUGAGCUUAAGUGAGAUGUGGGGUGAAAAAAGGGACAAGGGGGACAGAAUGGAAAAUGCAAAGUUAGAAGAGGAAAAGUUAAAAAGAGAGCAUUGUGAAUCCAUAAUCCAACAAUUACAAAAGAAACUACUGGAGCAGCAGGAGAAGCUGGCAGUUGCUGUGAAAGUAGAUCACAGUAAGGACGAGGCCAUCUCCAAGCUCCGGGAGGCCUGGCUGAAGCUCACUAGCAGCCUGGAACGGGCCGAGGAGCGCCACAAGGCUGCAUUGGACAAGAUGAUUCGGGAGGUUGACAACUUUAAAGCUGUUGCUGAUGCAGCACAGAAGAAAACUAGCCAUUUUGAAUCCGAGCUAUACAAAGCCCUAGACUUGGCCCAUGAUUACCAAGACAAGUGCAAGCAACUUAACCUGGAAAUGCAGCAGGUCAGGGCCAGCACGGAGAGUGCGCUGGCCAGCAAAGAUCAGCUUUUAGCAAGCAAGGACAAGGAAAUACAGGCCUUGAAGGAAAACUAUGAGACGGUCAUGCGAUUGAAUAAACAGUCUACAGAUUGUGUAAAGAACUUAGAGGAUGUGUUGGAAAAGGAAAAAUCAGACCACAACGAAUCAAAGCAAAAAAUAGACGAGCUGUCCCAACGACUGCAGUCCAUCGACGAAGAAACGGCGCUCGUUCAUCAGGAGAGGGACCUUCUGAGGACCAAGAUAAACGAGGAGCGCGGCCGCUCCACCAUCCUAGAGCGGCAGUUGGCCGACAAACAAGACCAAUGUAGCGACCUGCUCAAUAAAUGCGACAACCUCGACGCUGAAGUGAAGUCCCUACGGAAACAGUUGGAGCUCCAGAAGAAUGAGCUAAAGUGUCACUACCAGAAGCAGUUAGAGGAUGCCGUUCUGGCCAAGCUGCAGGAGUUCCAGCAGCAGCUGGAGCACGCCGAGCGGGACCUAGAGAAUGACGCGAGGGGCAAGGAAAGCGCCAUGCUGGAAACGUUCAAUAGGCAGGUGGCGAGGAUCGAGGAGCAACACAAAUUGGAGAUUAAAGUUCUGGAAGAGAAACAAAAAGAGGAGAUAAAAUUGUAUCGACUACAGCUGGCCCAGGCCAGUGAAAAAAUCGGCUUAUUGGAGAGUAAGCUGGAUUCGCACCGGCGGCGUCGCGGGCAGAUCGCGACGCAGCUGCACGGCGUGAUGCAGCAGCAGUGGCGGCAGGCCGUGCGGAUCCUCACCAGCGGCCAGGAGCCCCUCGACCACACCAGAGACUCGGCGUCGACGCCGGCGCCCGAGUUCGCGGGGAAGGUCCCGCCGCUAUCGCUACCGCCGCGCCGCGACCGCGACCCACUUAACUUGGACGGACUCUCCGACCACGAGCUUCAACACUACGUUAAGUUGCUGCUGACGAAGCCUCCGGCGCUGGACAGCACGGAGCGCUCGGCGUCGCCGCACGAGGAGCCCACGAGCGACCGCCCCGAGCGCCGCGCGCGCCGCGGCCUCAACCACAGCGGGCCCAAGCCGCCCUGGAAGGCCUGACCGAGACCGACGCGAAUACGGUUUCCAUUUUAACUCUUUAACGGGCAGGGGGAACACGUUUCUCUUCACAUUUUGAACUUUAUCUACUUUUGAUAGAGUUCAAAAACCUUUGUCGCCCAUGUGCGCGAUCGAGAUCUUGUGCAAUAUGGAAGUUAUGGGCAAGAUUGUUACGGUGGACCACCCGUUGGUAUACCUCCAUAUACCCUCCGAUUAUAUGACUAGUUUACAAUUUUAUUAUAAAAAACAUACGAUGUUUUUCAUCACACUUGCGCGGAAAUAAACAUGUACAAUGUAAGCCAAAACAAAUGUGUCAUAAUAAAAUGUCCAUCAUACAGAAAAUGAGCCGUUUUCAAGCAAAAGAUUAUUUGCGGAUACUGUGCCGAGGUGUCACUGCCGUAAUAGAAAGCACCGUAAUCGACAAAACAUGAAAUAUGAGCAAGAGUAUUGACCGAUGAAUGAAGUAAUUGCUCCUCUUCCAAUUACAGCGAUCCUUUAAAGUGAGUAUAAAGUUGCUUUUUGUUUCUUUGUAGGACAAAGAUAAAUUAAAGACAAUUUUAUACGAGCAAUAAAAUAUGGUUGAAAGAGACUUUAGUUUAUUUAGUAAUAGCUGGUUUCGAUGUGGAUUUUCAAUGAAUUUGAUUUACAACAGCAAUUUACGGAACUCAUAUAUAUUAUUUAUUAUUUAUAAUAUGCAUUUAUAAUAGGUACAUAUGAGUUGAUAGGAACACAGAAGUUUUAUUUUAUACUUCGGCGUAAGUGUAUUAGAAACUUCGUUUAUUUAGCACUAAAAAUAACUCCAGAUGUAAAAUCAUGAAGAUUUUAAUUGAUUUGUUUGUUUAUAUAAUUGCUCAUAAUUUUACCACAUUACCUGACCGCAUUAUUAUUAUGAUAACUUACCUGAUUUAUAUCUGGCAUUUCUACUAACUUCAUUUUAAUUCUAAAAAGAAAUAACUAUAGCAAUUUGCCAUCUUUAAUAAAUACCGUCAAGUGGGGACAGAGGGAUAACUUUAAGCCAAUUUUUAGGGUUCCGUACCCAAAGGGUAAAACGGGACCCUAUUACUAAGACUUAGCUGUCCGUCCGUCCGUCCGUCCGUCCGUCUGUCACAGUUGAAAUUUUCACAGAUGAUGUAUUUCUGUUGCCGCUAUAACAACAAAUACUAAAAACAGAAUAAAAUAAAGAUUUAAAUGGGGCUCCCAUACAAUAAACGUGAUUUUUAACCAAAGUUAAGCAACGUCGGGAGUGGUCAGUACUUGGAUGGGUGACCGUUUUUUUUUUGUUUUUUUUUUUUUGCAUUAUGGUACGGAACCUUUCGUGCGCGAGUCCGACUCGCACUUGCCCGGUUUUUUUAACUAUGAACUAACCAGGAGUGGGCAAAGCGCGGUUCUCUUCGAAUCUCCCAAAACAUUAACGCUAAAGAGAUUUUAGACCACUGAAAACAACAUUUGAGGCUCUUUGACAUGCCUAUAACCGGUGAUUUCCAUUUCCACCGCGUUUGGCUCUUCUCAAAAGUUUGCCGACCCCUGAACUAAUCUAGUUAAAUAGAAAAAUGUACCCUAAGACUGGUAAAUUCUGAUUCAAAGAUCGUAAAAAACGCUGCCAUCAGCCACAUUAUAUAACGGGGAAAUAUUUCCUUUCUCUAAUGUUAUCCCCAGGGACCGGCCCGCUAUCCCUUAUAGAGGGUUUUGUAAGGGUUUUGCAUAAGGCUUAACUCACCAUACCCUUUGCCAGACGAAAUCCUUUCAUUUUGCUUUUAAAGCCCUUAUAUAGCGCUAGCCCAUUUGAGUAAUUGGUAGCCCAAUACCCUUACAAAACCCUUAUCAUCCGCUCCGCAUAUGGCUUAUAAGGGUUACCCUUAUAAGGGCUUCCCUUUUAGCAUAUAAGCGUGCUAAUUUAAAUCGUCUGUCUUCUUCAUAAAGCACACAUUACUUCGAAUCCGAGCGAUCGUCGGCGGCGGCGUUCGUUUCAUGUUUGCGCGCUUCCAACUUCCAAAUGAUCGAAUUUACUAAUCCUGUCUCUUUCACGCAAGGCUGAACUACGACAAUACUAAAGGGAAAGCUUUAUAAAAAGCGCUUAAUGAUAAGGGUAACCCAUAAUAAGGGAUUGCAAGGCGUAUAGGCUAGCAGUAAACAAUUGCAAAGGGCUAGCCUUAUGUUUGGCUGAGCUUUUCGGUAAGGGCUAGUCGAAUGAAUGGGCUUGCAGUUCAAAUGGGAAAGCCUUUACAAUGUGUUAGCCUUGUUUAAGAGACGCCCAUUGAAAGGCUUUUAUCUCGGGAAAGGGUUGUCCGGUUAUCCCUCCUGUCGCCAGUGAUCCCACAUGACGGUGAGUAAUUAAGUACAGUAAUUGAGAUGUAACUACAUUUUCGUGUUGAUUCAAUAGUUAGAUAAAUAAAUACCCAUGAAAUAACCCUUAGUUACAAUUUCAAGAGAAGUUCUACUGUGAAGGAAUGUGUUUUACUUAGGAUGUACUCAUAUGAAUUCUAUGUUUGUUAUGCCACAUAAUUUUUUUGUAAUGUAUCACGACAUUCCAUUUUGCAAUUUUAUACUGUUGAUAUUAACAAAUAUUUUGGAUAAUA